CGGUACAAACCGCGUGGUUGACGUCGUUUGCGCGUAACCGGUAGGUAAAAGAAAUUUCGCCACUACAGAAAAGUUAACGUAGUUUUGAUAAUAAUAUUUUCCGUGCGAUUUUAUUCGAUUACAAUAAUUAUUGAACAGUUUAUUUCGUGUCGUCUUACUCGUAAACGUUGUAAUAUACCCAAUGAUAUACCGUGCCUAGUGUACGGAAACUCGAAAAUAAUACACAUUUGUUGCGAAACUCACCGCACGCGUAUUAUUAUAAAUGAGCAUGUUGGGCGGCGGAUGCGGUCUGAACGCGUUCAGGAUGACGACUUCCUGCCGACGUCCGGUCGUCGGUGAGUACCCGCCGUUUUAAUGACAUCGUCAAUUAUUAUAACAUGAUGCUUAUGGUUUUAGACGCCGGUCAAUUAUUGGUCGAUAUCGACGCGAAAACUGCGGUCCCCGCGGUACCUGCAUAGGCUAUCGAAAAAUAACAAUUAGUAAUUAGACAAGUACCCAUCUGCGUGGGAGUCUCCCUUUUCGUCUUCAUUCGUUCGAUCGGGCCGCCACAGUCCUUUUAUAACUUUAAAUCCUUUAAAUAGAUAUAAUCGGACAACAAACCUCUUAUGUUAUCAAUAAGAUUCGCAUAUUUUUUAAAGCGUAUCGAUUGUGUUCUUGGUUUUUUUUAUGUAUAUACGUUUAUGUAUUUUUUUUUUUUACCAGGACGACGUGUACAGUCAGUAAUGCACGAUCAAUAUUGUUUCGUUUAACGGCGGCUACAAUUAUACGUGAUUCUAUAUUUUUACGACGUCACCGACGGCAGUGUAUACGGUUAAUUUCAAAAGUUUCCAUCACAUCUCCCCGCGUCCCGUGAUCUUUCCCGUUAACACAACAAUAUAAUCGUGCAAAGGAAAUUUGAAUGUUAUUGUUACCUGUCAACUACUUUUCAACCGGAAAUGUCGCUCCGAUUUUAAAGCGAAUCACUUUUUCUAAAAAGAAAUCUGACUGGGGUGGUCAUUAUUUGAUUUUUCAAAGGGUUUUUUUAAUAAAUGGGAAAACCCGGAGAAAAAACGUUAAAAAAAAGCGAGAAAAUUUACAAAAAUAUUGCUUUUCUUGUUUUAAAUUUUGUUUUUGUGUUGCAAUUCAGUUCAAAAAUUGUAGAGACUUGAAAUUCGAACAAAACUUUAUAUAUGCUUUUUCUAGACGUGGUAUAACUUCCAAAACAUUUGUUUCCGAGCCGUAAGAACACCUCUGUUUUUCGAACUCUCAUACAAAUUGUAUGACAAAUAUUCACACUGAGGCAAAAAUAUAUAGCCGGGUAAACGUUCGACUUUAAAAUAGACGUUAAACGUUAAGAUUAUUAUAACGACGUGCUUUAUAUGAAAUACCCACCCGAAUAACGUAUUUUUAUAAUUGAUUUUAUUAUAAACCCGACGUAAUGUGUGCGUUUUUGUUUUAGAACGGUGCAGACGGUGGAAAUCAAAUGUCGGCUUUGUCGGUCUAGGAAACAUGGGAAUCCCGAUGGCGAAAAACCUUUUGAAAAAUGUAAUUAUCGUCAAUAGGUAUUAUAAAAAGUGUCAAUUUUUAUGCGUGGGCGAACAUUUUUUUUUUUUUGAUUUGGGACGUAGCGAGGAAUGUGUUGGUUUUACAAUGUUUUUUUUUUUUUUUAUGUAUAUAAAUAUACUGUAAACAGCUACCAGAAAUCUUGCUCCGGUGUAUCAACUACAGUACAUUUCCUAAAAUGAAAUUUUAUCUAGUUGGUACUUUGGACAGCUAAUUUGUUGAUUUUCCUAACGGUUUUCAUAAUAACUGAGAAAAAACGUAGGAACAAUGGGAAAAUGUAUGAAAAUAAUAUUUUCAUUAUUUUCAAUUUUGCUUUUUGGUUGUAAUUCAGUUGAAAAUAUUCAUUGAUUCGUUAAUUGAAAUUUGCACAGAAAACUUAUAUUUGCUUUUUCUAUAUAUUGUAAAACUUUCAAAACAGUUCUGCCAUUUAUUUGAAGCAAUUGAUCGAAAUUUUAAUUUUGCAAAUUUAUUAAAUAAUUUUUAUUACGUACUCUGUGGAUAAAAUGUUUAGAUUAAACAUAAAUGCUUGCAAAUUUAUCGUUACAAAUGGUUUAUCGUUGAAUACAGAUAUAAAUUAAAUUCUCUUCUGUAUCCUAACCUAUCUUCUCAACUCCAACAGUUACCCACCCGUCGUGCGAAAUAUUUCCAUCUUUUUAACACCAUUUUUGUGCAAAAAGCCUUCUUCUCUAUCUUCUUUUUCCACUUCUUAUUCUCAUUGUUUUCGGCCUUUAAAACUAAAUCCUCCAAAUUUUCAGCUAUAUUUUCUUGUCCUUCACCACUUCUCUCCAUAGUUCAUUUCGUUCCAAUGUUUUUACACCAUCUCUUACCUGGACUUCUCUCCUUAAAUGUGAUCUACUUAAUGGUAUUUUACAAAGUGAGCCCUCUUUUUCUUAUGCAUGUCUAGUCCAUGUUAAUCUUCUCUUAUUUAUUUCUUAUAUUAUGUCUGAUCGUUAAAACAAAAGUUUUUCAUUGUGAGGCUUUCUCUAUUCCCGUGUCGAAGUCUAAUGCUAUGAUCCUCAAACGCUGCAGUUUUUUUUUUUUUUGCAUUUAAGAAUUAGUAAAAACUAAAUUGUAUUAAGCUUGCAGUUGAACAGUAUAGCCCCGAAACACAGAAAAAGUAGAACUCAAACGUAUGCAAACAGUCCAAAAUUUCAAUAUAAGCCCCUAAUAGAAAUAUCAAAAUUAUUUAAAUUUUAAACUUUUGCAAACCGGUGUUGUACCUAUAGAGUAAUGUAUUGUUAUCAAUUUUUUUUUAUACCUACUCUGGAAGUACGUAUGUUUUGAGGUAAAACACAUCUAGGUAAAAUCGUAUACAGACUAAAAUACACUUGGUAGAAAAACUAUUUAGAUAUUAAUGUUAUCACUAAGGCGCGUAAUCAUAUUUUCUAAGUUAGGUUAGUAAGUACUUAAUACUAUGUAAAUAAAAAUUACCAUGACAUUAUGUUAUAAUAUAUUCUUACUACGGCAGCAAAUCGAAACGUAAAGUUAUACAAAUAAUAUAUUUAAAUAAUCACGCAGCGUAUACGUACCUAACUUUAAUAAAUGAUUCAAUUUAUCAUCGACAAACAUAAACGAUAAAAGUAUAAGACUAAUCGUAUAGGAGUGCAGCCAUUUCAGGUUUUCGACCUUCCUGCGGGGUCACAGAAGGGUAACGAUCCUAUACCUGCAUUUUAUCUGAAAAACAUAUUAUAAUAUGUACACGUAUAAUAGUAAUCACUUUUUUUUUCUUUUUUUUUUUAUUAACAAAAACUAGAACACCUAUUAUUUUCGUUAAUAAAUUUCGAUUGUAUUAUUAUAGACUGUGGUUUUUUUUUUCUUUUAUAAUUUAAUUAUUAUACUUAAAUAUUGUGUCGUUAUUAUAUUAUAUCGUUCGAUAUUCCGAGUUAAAUUUUUUAGUUCAACAAUAACGACUUGUUUACGGUGCGACGCACGUGUUGGUAUGUCGCGGACCAAGGACAAACUGAACUAUAAUUAUUAAUAUCGAACAAAAGUAGUUAUUUACGCUGUUUUUGACGGUGGUCGAUCAAAUUUACAUCAAUUCGGUCUAUACAAUGACGAACUUAUUAAAAUUUUAUCUAAAAACACAAAAUAUUAUACACUAUAUUACUAAAAUGUAUUGAGUGUUAUUCGACUGUAAAUAAGUAAAAAGUAAACGCUAUCACGAUCGCGGAAAAUAGUCACCAAAUCUUUAGAUCUGUGGCGACUUACAAUAAUGGGACCUAUUGAUUGCAUAUUAUCUAUAAGUAUUCUAUGUAUAUGAUGCCGAUUUUACCGGGCAUUGACUAUGUACUCAGUGGCGUGGCGAAAGGGGCAAUAGAGAAACGGCCGCCUCUGACUUUUUUAGGGGAUCUACAUAUAUUAUGCUAAGUUAUAUGACAAUUUUUAAAAAUGUGAUAAAAAUUCAAUGUUAAAUCUUCAUGUGGAGUAAAUGUAUAGCAAAUAGAUGUCACGGGUUCGUCGGUAGUUUGGUGGAACAAAAUUCUCGCUUCUGAAGAUAUUUGAUUUCACCGCGCAUGCGUGCAAAUUUCGCGUAUUUACUAACCGCUGUUAAUCGUUUCACCGUAUAGUACUGCCGCUGAUUAUCAUGACCGGAUUAACCAGAUGAGCAAAAUAAUUAGGUAAUUAAAUAAAACGCUGGUAUUAAAACAAAAACGGGGAAUAAUAUUUUACGAUUACCUAUUGUGAUAACUUGUUCAACGGUCGGCGGCAGUUUUAAGGGCUUUUGCGAAUGUACUCUAAAGACGACACGUAGGUAAUUGUCCGUUCACCAAAUAAAUUUUUCGAUUCGACAUGUACAGGUAUUUUUAAUCGUUGUAUUAAUUUCAACAAUAAUUUUAUUCGACCCUUGACCGAACCCAAACGAGAAAAUAAUAAUUUAUAGACCACGUUCAACUAUACGAAGUGCAACUACCAAGUCUAUCAAUAAAUUAGAGCCCGAUUUUUAACGCACUUAAAAACUAUCGAAAAUGCUCUGAAAAUAUCUAUUACCGCAAUAGUACUACUACCAUUUUUUACGAAAUGGCCGAAAUUACGAUGCUAUUUUUGUAAGUCCGGGUGACACAACACGGCCGUUAAUAAAGUUAAGAUAUUGAGACGUCAUUAAAAUCGAAAUAGAACCUAUUAUACAGAUAUUUAUAAGAAUACAUGUAUUAUAAAUACGAUAUUUAAAACUAUAUAAAAAUACAAAAUAAAAGUUUCAAUUUUGAAAUUAUUACCUAUCUGCAAUUACGUUACGAACCAAACUAUGAUAUACUUAAAAACCAUUGACUUAGAUCAACCCUCGAAAAAUACACUUCCAAAUAAAAUUCGAGCCCUACCAAUAAAAAUAAGUGUCGAUAUUUCCUGUUGAGUAUGUAAGUAUAGUAUCAUAUAGUAAGAACUGAACGAACGACUAAGACAAAUUUAUCCAAUAUUAUAUCCAGUGACACAAUAACAGGGGUGGAUGGCAAUGUCUAACAUCGGGGCCCCAAGGCUCAAAGGGGACCCCAUCAUAGUUGUAAACUGGUAGGGUAUUUUUAACGCAAUGGAUUUCAAUCAAAUCUGCGAUCGUUUAAAAUUUUAAACGCGGUGAAUAAUGAUGGGUACUGAUCAAGUACAAUGAAGUGUUUGUAUUACAUAUCUCAUAUUACCAAUCACUGUCGCAUUAAUCGAACUCUCGUUUUCGAAGCUUAAAUUAAUUAAAAACUAUUUAAGAAAUUCAAUGGGGUAAAAUCGUUUAUCAAAUAUUGCUUUGUUGAACAUCAAAAACGAACAACCUAAUAACUUAGAUAUGAACCAUAAUAUUUAUCAGAUUGAUGAAGUUAAAACAAGAAUAGUUAAUUUACUUAGUUGAAUUAUUAUAUUUAAAAUAUAAUAUUUAAUAACUAAUAUUUUAAUUUAAAUUUAAAAUCUAUGAGAAAAUUAAUAUUUAUAAAAAGUUAUAUUCAGUAUAGUGAAUACUUUGAUAAACAAAUAAUAUAGAUUUGUAAAAUAAAAUAAAACUACUUAUGCUUAUGUUUGCGGGGAAAAAAUGAUGAUAUUUGUUGUAAGUACUUAAUUGAAUGAUAAAUUUAAUCAGAUUUGCCGAGCAGAACAAAUAUAUCGAAUUUUAGUAAUACUCGUUAGGUGCAUAUUUUAUGUACACGUAAUAGUUUUUGUCAAAUUGGUACUUUCAUUUGGUAAUUUUUUCACUGGAAAUUUUUUUUUUUUUUUCUAACUGUUUCUUUGUAAUUAUUUAUAUUGUAUAAUGUUUUUAUUGUUUAUUAUUAUUAUAACUUAACCGUGUAAUAUGUAUACUCGUAUAUUAUAAUAAUGAAUACAAAUUGAGUAGAGCGUUUAAUGAUAAGUACAGUCAGUAAUAAAAAAAAAAAAAAAAUGUAUUUAUUACGAGUACUUUAAAAAUAGGGUUAGUGCCCCAGACUUACCUUAUCAUCGGGGCCCCGAGACUCUAGUCGCACCACUGAUUAUACUUCCUAUUUAAAAACUGCAUGAGGAGUCCAAGAAAACGUAGUGUAUUUUUGAAUGGAGUAUGAAUCUCCUGCAGAGCACCUUAUGCGACAAAUUUUAAUAGUUUCGUUGCAUGGUGCUACAGAUACGAUUUUGCGACUUUCCAACGUGCAUUUUCCGCCGUCUGCGUAAAUAACCUAUAGGUAUACGAGUCCAACUCGUACGGCAUUGCAUAUUCUAUUAUUAUGAUAACCUUUGUACAUUAAUGCAAUUUUCGACGAUAUUAAUAUUAUUAUUGAUGCGUGUAUCGUAUAAACUUAGGUACAUAAAUUCAUCCAUACAGACCGUGUAUGAUGUAUAUUGUAUAACGUGUAUACGAUAUAUAUAUAUAUAUUAUAUAGCCCUACCCGGAAACCGUAAUCGACCGGAAACGAAAACACGUAGUUGCAGUGGGUAUCUAUAUAAUACAGUAGUGCGCCUACGUAGGUACAAUGCGGAAACGGUGGACAGCUAUGGUACCUAUACACGAGUAGGCACUCGCGACAUUGCCAUAGGUAAUAUAUUACAUCACGGUAUACGGAGUGAUUUUUAUCGAAUUUUCCCCCGAAAAUAUAGACACAAUAUUGCACUCUAUUGUGUAUGUCAUAAUAAUAUUAUGUAACACCGACCAUAUGUAUAAUCCUGCAUUUUAAUAAAUGCAUUAAAAAAUUGCCUACGAUUGUAACUUUACCAAGAUGUAUAUUGAAAAUCCUACGGAAGCAUCACAUCUCAAAUGGUUUGAUUUCUAAAACAUCUGAUGUUCAGGUUCUGCUUUCUUCAGAAUUUAAACGAUUCAGCUUUUGCAUUUUUAACAAUGUCAUUAUUACGCAGGGUUACGCCGUGGUGGGCAACGAUGUAUCGACCAACAGGAUGGAAAUGUUCCGAAAAUUAGACGGGGCUCAGACGGUAGACACGCUACGAGAAAUGGCGGCCAACGUGGAUGCGAUUGUUACCAUGUUGCCAGAAAGCGAUCAUGUGCUCAGUGCUUACGAGACUCUGCUUAAGUAAGAACAUUAAAUACUACUGAAAUAAGUUUAUUGAACCAACAGCAUAUUAAUUAAAAUUACUAUACAAAGUAAAACAUGAAUAUCUGAUACUAGAAAUAGCUUUUGUUCUGUUUUGUUCAAUAUGUUUAAGUUCUUGUUUCUUAUGAUAAUUUUUAAAGCAUUGCCGUAUGAUUCCUCUAUUUAAAAUUUGAUAUUAUUUUGACAGCGAUUUAAAUUACCGUAGUAAAUUUCAAUAAAUUGUAGAAAAUUUAUGUUUCAUCAUUGGUAAAUAUUUUUAACAUCAAAAUCGUGCAUCAAAAUAUUUUUAUAAAAUCGUCAUCUUGGAUUUUGUAAAAAAAAAUUGUUUUUUUUUUUUUUUUAAUUUUGUAUUGUUAGUUAUAAAAAAAAAAAUUAAAAUCGAAGAAUCAUAACGCAAAACUUCAUAGUUACUAUUACAAAAAAAAAAACGACUUUAAAAUAUUAAACAGAACAAAAUUUAUUCCAGAUGUAAAAUCAUUGUGCAGUUACGUAGCCUAUAUAUAGAAUACAUUUUUAUACCGUGAAUCUACGAUAAUAUUAGCCGCAAAGAUUUCUAGUAUGUUUUGAUAUAAUCGUUUAUACAACAAUUUCGUUCAUAGAAUUUUUUUAAAAAUUGUACCUUAUAUUAUAAGUACAGCGAUAUCGACUUUCGAUUUUCAUAUAGCAACCCACCACAUUACUUUAAAAUCUCAUUCGAAAAAUUAACAUUUUCAGACAAAAUAUUCUCCCUUCGAAUUUGAAAACAAUCCAGUUGUUUUGUGAUAAUCAAAAGUCGAUAAGUAAGUAAAUAUAUUAGAGUACACGGAAUAAGAGUAAAAUUUCGAUAAUAUAGUCGAGAAAAAAACCAAAAAAUUUGAAAAAUUACUAAAAAUCUUCGUGGUGAGUAAAUCACUGGUUCGUGAUCACAAUAUUAUUAUAACCAGUCUCUAAUUCGUUUUUCGUGUAAUGAAAAUUAACGAAUGAACCGUAGAUCGUCGAAACCGGAACAAAUAUUCGUAGACUGCAGCACGAUUAGUCCGGAAAGCUCCAAAAAAGUAUCAGAUAUGGCCACGCGGAAGGGAUGCAAAUUUCUGGGAGCGCCAGUUUCCGGAGGUGAGUAUAUACACCAAUAUAUUUUCUGGGUAAUCUCCAAUCGAUAGUAUCUAAACUGACAAUAGUGUUUGCACCGCGUGACCGACAUGACACGUUUGUGUUUUUAUUAUAUCGGUACUGUGGUACACUCGACGAAAAAAUGUUUAAAAUCAUCUAAAAGGCUACUUUAUCAGUGGAUCUGUUACCAGUGUCAGUGGCGCGCAAAGUUUGACAUUUUUGACAAGUAGCGAAAUUUCAAACGGGUAACCAAUCCGCAGUACCCGAAAACUGUUGAAAGUUCUCUAAAUGGUCCAUAUUAUAGUGUCGCAAAGUUUAUGGAAUAGCGUUCACGUGCAAUACCCAACAGUUUUUGCAUUCGAUUCUGGACAACACACGAUUCCCUCGGUUCUUUAAUACGAGUACUAAAAUUAAUAUUACUAUUUGGUGGGUGAAAGUUUCGAGUUUAAAUGAAAUAAAUGAGAUGCCGGUUUGUCCGUACAGGCUUAUAAAAAAACUCGGGUAACGAAAAAAGAUCUGUUUGAAAAGUUAAUAUGGUCGAUUGCGCCUUUAUUUUGAGAUGUUGCGAGACAUUUUUUUUUUCUUUGUCAAAAUAAAAACACGUCAUUGCAGUCUGUUAAUAAUCGAAAAAUUUCUUCAGAAUCCCUAUUUUAGGUCCUCAAUUGUCGACCGAUCACUAUAAGUUCCUAUACAUACAUAAACGCGUUUUAUGCAACGUUCGCAGGGGUGGUGGGCGCCGAAAACGGUACGCUCACGUUCAUGGUGGGCGGCGACGAGGCCGCGCUGAAAGAGGCCAGCGGACUGUUGAGCUCCAUGGGCUCCAGAUGGGUGUACUGCGGACCGGCCGGCUCGGGCCUAAUAGCCAAGAUAUGCAACAACAUGAUACUGGGCAUGACCAUGGUGGCUGUGGCCGAAGCGAUGAACGUGGCCGUCAAGUACGUAAAGCAAAAACAAUCUUAUUAAUUCGGUAGGUACCGGAAACCGGCAGUGAUCGCGUAAAUAAAAGGCUAAAGGCAGUGACGUUUCGGGGACGUCGUGGGUCUUGUCGUAUUUGGCCGUUGUAAUCUAGGUAACAUUCAAAGACCGAAAACCAGAAAGUGUCCAAAAAUGAACUCAUCUUUUCUCUCGUUUGUGUUACAACGGUCAGUUGACUUUUCUGUGUUAACAGCAUGACAGCGUAUAAUAAUGUAUCUACCAAGCACCAGUCCUGUGUAUCUUAGUUCGUGCUUAAGACAUGACACUCGGUCCGACGUUCGAUUAGUCACACCUGACCUAACACAGUCGAUCUUUGGCAGUCUAGCGGUAUACACUAACGCGAUGACGGGAACUGGAUGACGACGGAACGUUACCCAUUGCUUAUUACAAUACCAGAAAGAUGGACAAUAAUCAAUAUUAAUGUACAAAUAAAAAUUAAAAAUAAUAUGUGAAUGCCGAACGAUACAAUAGAUAAUAGUUACUGUAUAGCGUAGGGUGACCAAACGUACAGGAUUUUCCUGUUAUUCGCAGCUUGGUGUCCUAUUUUUUUCAUCGAAGAGUGAUUUUCGCGAUUAAUUUAUAAAAAACAUUGUCUAUAAUAAAUCUGCUAUAGAUAUUUUUACAUGUGAAAUCUUACCGUUAAAAAUAUGUGUAGGUACGUUACACGACACACAAUUUCGUAGCAUUCUAUAUUUUUGAUUUAGUACGGCGUAUAAAAACGGUCAAGCUUUAAUAAUAGUUUAUAGUAUGUUGAAAGGUUGUAGGCUAUAAUAUAAGGGCUAUUUUUAAUUUAUAAUCUCUAUUCAAUGACAAACUAUUAGGAAUAAAAAACGAUUCUGCGAGGAUAUUUGUUGAUAAAAUUGAAAUCAACAUUGUAUUAAUUUGCAACUACCUACAAAAUAAAUAACGAAAUUCUAUUUAUUUGUUUUCCAUCAAUAACCAAUAGGUGUUUACCACAAAAAAAAAAUAAAAAAACUACUUAAAUUUCAAAUAACUAAAAACCGCCGAAAUGUUUCUAAAUUUGUAAGUCUAGAAAAUGCUUGAUGAUUUCAGGUCUGCGAUUAUUUAUCACUAAAUUACCAACAAAAAAUAAAAUCAUAAUUAAACCGAUUAUAACAUAAUCUAUUUGUAAAUCAUAAAUUUAACAUUCCCAUUUACCCAGUUUAAAAAAAAAACAAAAACAAUUUUAAAAACUACCCACUAAGCCAAAUAAACCGAUAAGAUAAAAUUUGGUAUAAGAAUUCUACUACAAAUUUUGCUAACGAACAGAAAAUAAAACAUCAUAGUAAUAAUUAAUGUACCAAUACAUUCCUUGCUUCGUUCAGAAUUUAUCUUGAUCCUUGAUCAAAUCCGCGAUACUAAUGCAAUUCAUAUACUAAAUAAAAACCCUGUAACUUAAUUUCGGGAGUUUUAUAAGAUGUGCAAAGCUAUGGAAAUCGUGAAACCCCAUGACAUAAUAACAUUAAAAUACUGUAGGUAGGGAUUUAUAUGGUUAAAACCCCCUAAAAGAAUACAUUAUACCCAGGAUAUCAAUUCAAUUUAUGUAAAUGUCAUCCCCUAGCUUCAUUUGAAGGGUCUGUCGGACCAGUUCAUACCUAAAAAAAAUCACACCCUAAAAAAAAAUUUACCACCACUUUUUCACUUCGAUCAGUGUGUAAAACAAUUUUAAUAACCAAUUUCUAGAAUUCGAGCGCAUUUUCAGUAAACCGUUAUUACAUGAAAGUGUCCGACAAAUUAUGUGAAAAAGGAUAAUAAUAUUAUAUUUUCACACGAUACAGUGAAAUAGUUUUUUUUUAUCGAGAGGGAAAGGGGGCGGUAAUUAAUUCAGUACAAAAAUAAUUCAUAAAAUGCGAGCACGUGUAAUACACACGCUCGCUCGUUGUCUUCGUAUUUAUAUGACUUGUCCCAUCCGAUUUAGUGGCGUGAUUUGGGCUAAAUGUUGGGAGGGAGUGGACAAUUUUUGAAAAUUUUAUAUAAAGCGGAUGAGGGUGUGUAUUUGUGAGCUAAGGCUCACUUUCAACGGGGAAAGGACGUAGGGUUGAGAAUAAAAAAUAUCAUCACAAGUAUAAUACCCGUUGCCUUACACAGUUUAGCAAGACAAUCGAAAGAUAAUUGGUAAAUAGAAUUAGGCAUGGGUAUUAAUAAUUAAUAACAAACAAAUCGUACAAAUUUAUAAUAACAGAUGUUGUAAUACUGUUCUUUUGAUACGAAAUUAAUUUUUUUUACGGUAUUUGGACGUAUCACGAAUUAAGAUCGGUUAAUUCCUUUGGACGUACAAGUGCACUAAUUAAUGCCGUGCAUUGACCUACCGUCAAACGCCGAUAUUUAUUCCCAGGGCCCCGUUAACUCUUCGCGACUUAUAAAUCGGCUACGCUCCGGUUUAUAUAUCUAUCGGUUACUAUCGAUUCUUCCGAUGUAAUACAGUUACUAUACCGUACACGUACGGGUAAGUAAACUCGGUACCGGGUAAAUAAUAAAUCCUCCAAUGACAAACAUUGUCUUCUUUUUUUGUUUAGUUUCUUUGAAUUCCAUAUGCAUUCAAAAAUUGACUAUCGGAUUCAUGCGGAAUAAUUGCACAUCAAAAGUGAAACAUAUUUAUUUAUACGCCAUGUUUGGCAUUUUCACAGGUCGGGCAUGGAGCCGAACAUUUUGGCGUCGGUCAUCAACACGAGUUCGGGGAGAUGUUGGGCCUCGGAAAUCAACAAUCCCGUGCCCGGUGCCGUCGAGAAAAGCCCCAGCAACGACGACUAUCAGGUGCGAAAAGUUACCCAUCUUCUUGAGUCUUCGCACCGCGGAUAAUUUUAUUAUUUGUUCUCGAAAUCACAACAGCGGUAGGCGAAAAUAAGAAAUUCCUAAUUAAAUCCGAGGGCUCAGCUUUAACUGCAGUUUGCGAAAUAUGUUUUCACAAAUCGGCGAUAAAUUUUGUUUUAUUACAACUUACAAUAGUACCCAGACACAAUAUUGAGAAAAUUAAAAUUAGCAUCGGGUAGGUACUUACGUGUAUAAUAUCUUGGGGUACGUCAUAAAUAACAGAGAUCGGAUGUACAGUGAGUGUAAAAAGUAUUCGUACACCCUACUUUUUUAAAUAAAUAUACAUUUUUCUUCAUGAUAUUCUAUUUUCAUCGAUAAAUUAAUACAUGCGUAUUGUUCAUUGACGAUUUUUAAUUAUAUUAAAAAAAAAAAAACCACGACAACGAUAAGGUGUACAAAAUGUCACAUUAAAAGUUUGUCCCCGACCACGUUACAAGAUUAUACCAAUUCAGUUAGCUUCGAAAUAUUAUUGGAAUAUCAUCUAUCACAAAAUGAGUCGAAAAAAAUGCUAGACAAAUAAAACUGAACGUGAACUAAUUCUGCGGUUGCAUAAUCAAUGUCAAUCAUUACGUCAAAUAUCAAAAAUUUGUCAACAGAGCUCUCAUAGCACUGUGAAAGACGUGAUAGAUCGAUACAGUGAGCGGGAAAGUCACGAAAAUAAGCAACGAUCUGGUCGUCCAAAAAAACUUUCUGACCAUGAUAAACGUAUAGUUUAACGAAAAGUCAAAUUGAAUCCAAAAAUAAGCGCUCNAAUUGUCAACAGAGCUCAUAGCACUGUGAAAGACGUGAUAGAUCGAUACAGUGAGCGGAAAAGUCACGAAAAUAAGUAACGAUCUGGUCGUCCAAAAAAACUUUCUGACCAUGAUAAACGUAUAGUUUAACGAAAAGUCAAAUUGAAUCUAAAAAUAAGCGCUACUAGAAUAGCACAAGAUCUUGCGAAUUUUUCUAGAGUACGUGGUUGUAUAAGUACAAUUAGAAAUUGUUUAAAAAAUAGUGAUUACUGAAAAAGUUAAGGCUUGGUUGUUGAACAAUGUAACUGAAUAUCUUGUGACGCCACCACAGUCUCCAGACAUUAAUCCUAUUGAGAAUUUGUGGGAUUNCUGAUACUUUUGGAAAAAAGUUAUAUUUACAAACGAAAGUAAAUUUAAUAUUUUUGGCUCUGAUGGAAGACGUUUUGUUUGGAGAAAAGCGAAUACAGAAAUGGAACCAAAGAAUUUGCAGCCAACAGUGAAAUACGGAGGAGGUUCUGUAAUGGUUUGGGAAUGUAUGAGUGCUCAGGGUGUUGGAAACUUUUUUGAUACAACUCUUUAUUAUUAUUAUUAUUUUUUACUAUUAUAUAUUUAUUGUUUUGUUUGUUAUUGAUAAUUAUUAUUAAUAUAACUGUUGUCAUGGUUUUUUUUUUUUUUUAAUUUAAUUAAAAAUCGUAAAAGAAUAAUAUGCGUGUAUUAAUUCAUCGAGAAAAAUAAAAUAUCAUGAAGAAAAAUGAAUAUUUAUUUAAAAAUGUAGAGUGUACGAAUACUUUUUACACUCACUGUAUAUUCCGCUUCGUCUUCGUAAAUUAUAACAUUCAAUUUUGUAGGUAGGUAUUUGAAAAAAAAAUUUCUAGAGGCUUUCUAGGAUUUUAAACAUUUUUUAAAAAAUUCAGCUGUAAUAAUAAUAACCAAGUGAACAACACUUUCAGAAAGGUUUCAAAGCGGCCCUGCUGUUGAAAGACAUGCGCCUGGGUGAAUCGCUGGCUAAAGAAGUUGGAGCUACAACACUACUAACGCGGGAAACCGUUGAGCUGUAUGAAGAGAUAUCAAAAAAAGGUUGGGCUGACCGAGAUUUUUCAAUCGCUUACAAAUAUUUCAAGGAACUGUGAUGAUAAGUCUGACCGCUAGUGCACUGAUGGAGGAUUAUUACAUUUUGUUUUUUCAUGUUAUAUACCGUAAUAAUAUUAAAAUGAUAUUUUUUGGGAGGUUUUUGUGUAUUUCAUUUUUUUAUACAUACAUAUUACAAAUAAAAAUUAUUAUUAUUAUAUUUAGUUAUAACCUACUAGUUAAGAUAUAUUUUGUUCACAAUUGUACAAAAAAAAAAAAAAAAACAACAUUAUAUAUGAAGAAAAUAAAAUGCAAAAAAAUACCACGUUCCAUUAUUUACACAUAAUUAUGGAAGAAUAUAGGUAGUCUUCAUUUAUACAAUACAAAAAAUAAAUAAUUAUAAUAGUAAUACAUGAUGUUAUUUUAAGUAUUGAUAUUGUAUAGUAUAGGUAGGUUUAUAAUAUAAAAAAAAAUUACAGUCGCAAGUGGAAUGUGCAACUAGUAAUAUAAUUAAUAUACUAUGUUUUGUUAUACGUUACACAUUAAAGAAAUUAUACAAUGUUAACUCAACAAAAUGCUUGUGGCAGAUAAUAUUUUGUUUUUAGUAGUCUUUAGAAAUAUUGUCGUUGUAGAACAGAAAAAAAAAACACCUUGUCAACCCAAGGUAAUUUACAAACGUUUAGAAAAUACACUUUGUAAGAACACAAGUUAUAUAAUAUUCCUAGUAAAUAAUUAUAUUAAAAAGUUUAUAGAUUAAAAAAAAAAUGUAUAAUAAAUAACACCGCAAUUUAGUAUUGUGCUCUACUAAGCUUUUUUUUUUUUUUUAGCAGCCUCGUUCUCAAUUACAAUAUUAAAUAUCGAUUAAGUAUUGCUCAAACUUACCACCAGCUGACCAUUGUUUUAAUAUUUAUUUAAAAGUGUGUAAACGAUUAACAACACCUGUGUACAACCAACAUAUUGUGGUCAUAUUAAAUGAAUAACUAUUUUUUUUUUUUUUGUUUUUUUUUAAUAUUAUGUUAACAUUAAAUUAUUUUUAAUAUUCACUUCUCACUAAUCUGUGCACUUGUUUAAGUCUCUUAUCUGAAACAAUACAUGAA